AUGGACUCGCAUAUGUUUAUUGCAUCAUUGGUGAGCGGUGCCGCUGCUGGAACCUCCACAGAUCUUGCAUUUUUCCCAAUUGAUACUUUGAAGACAAGGCUUCAGGCAAAGGGCGGGUUUUUCGCGAACGGUGGGUACAAAGGUGUAUACCGUGGGCUUGGAAGCGCAGUUGUUGCGAGUGCGCCAAGCGCGUCGCUUUUCUUUGUUGCUUACGACUCCAUGAAGUGCUGGUCUCGUCCAAUUAUCGGGAGGAUGUUGCCGGAGGGCGAUGAACAGUUGGCAGACACAGUUUCGCAUAUGUUUUCGAGCAGUGUUGGUGAGAUUUCUGCGUGUAUGGUGCGUGUACCAGCGGAGGUGAUCAAGCAGCGAACACAAACACACAAGACGAAUUCGUCGUGGCAGACUUUACAGGAGUUACUCCGGAAUGAGAAUGGGGAAGGUUUGAGGAGAAAUCUGUAUCGUGGCUGGUCCACCACUAUAAUGAGAGAGAUUCCGUUUACGUGCAUUCAGUUCCCACUUUACGAGUACCUAAAGAAGAAGUGGGCGCAAGUGCAAGGCAAGGAUCAUGCGGCUCCAUGGCAGGGGUCUGUAUGCGGGUGCAUUGCGGGUGGUAUUGCCGCUGCAGCUACUACGCCCCUUGACGUCUUGAAAACGAGAAUCAUGUUGCAUCACAAGUCUGUUUCAGCGCUGCAUUUGGCUAGGAACAUGCUGAAGGAAGAGGGUGUUUCUGUGUUCUUCCGUGGUGUCGGACCUAGAACGAUGUGGAUCAGUGCCGGUGGUGCCAUUUUCUUGGGUGUCUAUGAAACCGUGCACUCACUAUUUUAG